GCCACUACUCUCUCUUUUUCUCUAUAUAAAACUUUUUUACUAGGUGUCUUAUAAGCAUUUAUGAAAUAUAAAAACUAUAUGACAUGUCAUAGAUACAUUGUUAUACAAUAUAGUUUUAAGAAAAACUACGCAUAUGACUUAUAAUAAUAUCUUAUAAAUUUUCAGAAAUUCAAAGUGUGUCACAAAAAGAUUUUCAAAAUCGACGAAACAUUACGACAGCUUGGAUUAUCAGUGAAAUAUGACAACUUAUAUUUUAUUACGAUUGGAACAAUAACCAUUUGGAUUACAGGCACUUUCAUUAUGAGUAUUGCAGUUUUUAUUGACUUACAAAUACGCGCAAACGUAUUUACUUCAAUUUACAUUAUACUUGUGUAUUCAUAUUCAAUGGCUGUCAAUUCUAUUAAUAUCUUUGAAUUCUACAUAUUUGUAAGAUGCUUAAAAAUGAAAUUUGGAUUGGUCAACCAACUGUUGUGUGAUAGUUUAUCAAAUUUAUCAACCAAAGAGAGGAAAUUGGGCAUCUUUGAAAUGAAAGAUUUUGCAAAACUCAUAAAUGUCGAACAACAAAAGCAAAUUCUUUCCGUGGGAUCGAUAUUUCGAUACCGUCAGCAAAUACAAUCUCGCGGAAUAAACAUUUCUAUAUUAGAAAAGAAUCCGGUUGUACCCCAGCUUCCAUCCCAAAUUGAAAAACAGUUAAAAAAUAAUCUAAAAAAUCCAUCUGGAAGGUAUAAUUCCACGAUGACAAUAUGUCAAGAACGUAAAUAUUUGUUGCAAGUAAUCAAGUGAGUAUAAAAAAUUAUGAAGUUCUUUGUUAUGAAAUAAACACAAAAAGUACAUAUAGAUUAAAUUGCAUUAGUUUUAUCAUUAUUUACCACAAAUUAAAUCACACUCAGUUUUAAAAAAGUUUUUUUAUAAAUAAAGAUCAAUUCAAUGUCCAUU